GUAGUAUCGAAAAACAUCGUACAAAGUUGCAGCUCUAGAAAUUGCUGCUUGCAAGCGAAACAAAAUAACAAAUAAACAAUUAGUGCAGCGAUAUCAACUACUCGCGAUUACGUGGAUCACAGCGAGGGCGGCAGCGCCAACUAGUGCAAUAAUUCAGCCAUCAGUUUCGUGGUCCGGGAAACUCAAUUAAGAAUCCCGCACACACACACACACAUGCAGCCGCACACAGGAGACAACAAUCACACACACAGGCGCAAGUUGUAGGAGCCCCAGAGCCAGAAGAAGAAGCAGCAGCAGAAGAACGACAGCUCCCCGCGGUGGUGAAGGUCACCCAGAGGGAGGAAUACAACGCGGAGGAGGAGGCGGAGCACCAGGAGCACUCACACACUCAGCCACUAAAUGGCCGAUGGAAAUGGGCUGCCAGCGGGUGCAGCUUCCGGCGGCAUGGAAGCCGGGCAGACGGUGAAUGGAGCGGGAUCCGCUAGCCCCACGCCCACUUCCAGUUCGGUAGCGGGGGCGGGGGCCAGUGGGAGCGGCAAUCAAGGAUAUCAUCAAUUAAGCGUGACAAUCGAGGAGGCUUCGCUGCGCAACAAUGGCUUCCUCAAGCCAAAUCCCUACGUGGAGCUCUUGAUUGACAGCAAAAGCAAACGGAAAACAGACCUGGUGAAGAACAGCUAUUUGCCCAAGUGGAAUGAGGAAUUCACAGUGCUGAUCACACCCAAUUCAACGCUCCACUUCAAAGUGCUGGAUCACUCCAGUUUCCGUAAAGAUGCCAUGCUUGGAGAGCGGAUCAUUAACCUGGCGCACAUUCUGCAGCAUUACAAUGGGCGGUGCGAGUUCCUUGAGCUGACCAUCGAUCUGUUCGUGACCAGCAAGUCGGACAAUCGCCAGACGAAAAGCGGCGAGCUAGUGGCCAUCCUCAAUGGCCUCAAACUUGAUAUGAGCAAGCUGCAGAUUCAGCCAGUAGGUGGCCAACAGAAUGGCAAUCCACCCGUCCAGGCAGUCAAUCCGUCGGUGGUCAGUGAUGCGGCCGCCGGACGAAGUUGCAUGAUCUACGGUGGAGUACGGGCACGGAUGCGACUACGCUCUAGCAGUGGAAAUAGCAACGGCGGAGAAAGCCGCUCUCCUUUGCCUAAUGGAUCUGGAGAUCAAAGGAGAUCUACGCAGGCGCCCCCGGUGUGGGAACAGCAGCAACAAUCCCAGAAUCAACCGCAACCCCUGAGAAUGGUCAAUGGCAGUGGGGCAGCAGUGCCGCAGACAGCUCCGUAUCCCCAGCAGCCACCAGCUCCCGCACUAGCUCGUCCUCUAACCCAAGUGUACGGAGCGCUACCAGAGAAUACACAACCAGCAGCUGUUUAUUUGCCAGCAGGUGGAGGAGCAGCAGUAGGACAACCUGGAGUAGCAGGCCCACCAAUUGAACAGCCAGGCGUUGGACUGCCCGUGAGCCAAAGCACAGAUCCGCAACUGCAGACACAACCAGCGGAUGAUGAGCCGCUGCCUGCAGGGUGGGAAAUCCGCCUGGACCAGUAUGGUCGGAGAUACUACGUAGAUCACAAUACACGAUCCACCUACUGGGAGAAACCAACGCCGCUGCCCCCGGGCUGGGAGAUCAGGAAAGAUGGGCGCGGUCGCGUUUACUACGUAGACCACAACACAAGAAAAACAACCUGGCAGCGGCCGAAUAGUGAGCGUUUGAUGCACUUCCAGCACUGGCAGGGUCAGCGAGCCCACGUUGUGUCCCAGGGCAACCAGCGAUACCUGUACUCCCAGCAGCAGCAGCAGCCAACGGCGGUGACGGCCCAAGUGACGCAGGACGACGAGGAUGCACUGGGUCCCCUACCAGAUGGAUGGGAGAAGAAGAUCCAAUCGGACAACAGAGUGUACUUUGUCAACCACAAAAACCGAACCACCCAGUGGGAGGAUCCACGCACGCAGGGCCAGGAGGUGAGCCUGAUCAACGAGGGCCCGCUUCCACCCGGCUGGGAAAUCCGCUAUACAGCCGCCGGUGAGCGCUUCUUCGUGGAUCACAAUACGAGGCGAACCACCUUCGAGGAUCCUCGACCAGGGGCUCCCAAGGGAGCCAAAGGAGUGUAUGGAGUUCCACGCGCCUACGAACGCAGUUUCCGCUGGAAGCUGUCGCAGUUCCGGUACUUGUGCCAGAGUAACGCUUUGCCAUCGCACAUCAAGAUCACGGUGACGCGACAAACCCUGUUCGAGGAUUCAUACCACCAGAUCAUGCGUCUGCCGGCAUACGAACUUCGAAGGCGGCUCUAUAUCAUAUUCCGUGGCGAGGAGGGACUGGAUUAUGGUGGAGUAUCUCGCGAGUGGUUCUUCUUGCUUUCCCACGAGGUCCUGAAUCCCAUGUACUGCUUGUUUGAGUACGCGAACAAGAACAACUACAGCCUGCAGAUAAACCCCGCCUCGUACGUGAACCCCGAUCACCUGCAGUACUUCAAGUUCAUCGGUCGCUUUAUCGCGAUGGCCCUGUAUCAUGGAAGGUUUAUCUACAGUGGAUUCACAAUGCCAUUUUACAAGCGCAUGCUGAACAAGAAGUUGACCAUCAAGGACAUCGAGACGAUCGAUCCAGAGUUCUACAACUCGCUUAUCUGGGUGAAAGAUAACAACAUUGAUGAGUGCGGAUUGGAGCUCUGGUUUAGCGUGGACUUCGAAGUGCUCGGCCAGAUAAUCCAUCAUGAGUUGAAGGAGAACGGGGAGAAAGAGCGGGUCACGGAGGAGAACAAGGAGGAGUACAUCACACUCAUGACAGAGUGGCGGAUGACGCGGGGCAUUGAGCAGCAGACAAAGACGUUCCUGGAAGGCUUCAAUGAGGUGGUGCCUCUGGAGUGGCUCAAGUACUUUGAUGAGCGCGAGUUGGAGCUUAUUUUAUGCGGCAUGCAGGACGUGGACGUGGAGGACUGGCAGCGCAACACAAUCUAUAGGCACUAUAACCGCAACUCUAAGCAAGUUGUCUGGUUCUGGCAGUUUGUUCGCGAGACGGAUAACGAGAAGCGUGCUCGCCUGCUGCAGUUUGUGACGGGCACGUGUCGCGUGCCGGUCGGAGGAUUCGCCGAGCUAAUGGGCUCCAACGGGCCACAGCGCUUCUGCAUCGAAAAGGUGGGCAAGGAGACGUGGCUGCCACGCUCGCACACCUGCUUCAAUCGAUUGGACCUGCCGCCGUACAAGAGCUACGAUCAGCUGGUGGAGAAGCUGACCUUUGCCAUCGAGGAGACUGAGGGCUUCUGCCAGGAAUGAGUGGCAGUCGAUUUGUGGUCGGUUUGUUGAUUAAUGUUUAAUUCCAGUUAAGCGCCUGCUUUACCGUCCCCUCCCCCUUUCCAUUUGACGACCACGUUGCGUUAAAUAGUUACUGUUAUUAUUAUUAUUAUUACAUACGUAUGUAUUACUACUGUAUACUGUAAACACGAAACACACACUUUUGUCUGUCUAUUCCUAUGUUCGCUACCGAUAUCAAACGAGAUAUUUGUUAAAAGUGCGCGAAACUUGAUCACGAUGUAUGUAUGAAUGUAUUGAGAGCCUAUUUUAGAGAUAUUUAUAGUUUGUUAGGCAUAAUUUAUCUACAGCUCUGUAAAUUUAAAAUACGGUUUAAAUGAUUCGCUUCUGUUAAUGUUUUUUUACGACCAUCUUCAAAUGUAAUUGUCGAUACAUUUCUUUGGGUCUUUGUUUUACGCCGAUAAAUAAAACCACCUACCAGUUUAGCUAAGCCUUUAAGAACGUAAGCACCGCCAUUCCCAGAAAAAAUUCAUAAUUUGAACUUGGGCUUGUUAAAGGCAUCCCUCCGUUUGGCUGAUAUCAAACUGUUUAGCAAUCGCAACCAAAUGUUACGUUUUCGCCAUAAGAUUGCACUCUGAUUGCUUCUAGUUCAAUUGUACAACGAGCCCCGGCUUGCAUGUUUUUAACCACUAUUGGUGAAUUUAUAUUGAUACGCUCCAAUUGUAAAUAGUUUACUCGACCGAAUUCAAAUUGUUGACGAACUGAGUUUGGUGUACUGGCAAACUGUUUUAGCUGUUCAAUUGUUUAUCAAGCAUACACAGAAAUCUAAAUAGAAACUAUAUUUUAAAUAUGUAUAUCCACACAAACACUGACAGAAACAUCGUGAGAACUUGAAACACCGCAAACAAACAAAAUACGUUAGGAUUUUAAACGACAAACAAAGGAAUACACUUAAACCAAUAAUAAAUUCAAAUAGCAAUAAUUGUUGUUAACAAAACUAAAGGUAGCGAAGAGAGAUCGACGACAGCGAUUCGUAUAUUAACUACGCUACACAAAAGUGCGGACUAAGACAAAUCGGAGGAUUAGGAGGUGCGGCGUAUAUAGGGUUGAUUGUGUACGAGUACAUAUUAAAUAUAUAUAUUAUAUAUUAAAUAGAUUUUAUUUAGUUUAAUGCAAUGUGUACUGUAUUAUAUAAAAUAAAUGCAAAAUUAUUUAGUGAUACAUGGCCGCUCAAAUAA